UUCGCAGGGGAACAUCAUUUAGGAAUUAGGCAGUGGAUCGAUCAUACCUUAUAUCGAGUAAAGAAACGAACUGAGAAUCGGGAAUAAGAAUAAACGAAAAGUUCCACAACAAAGUGAAGUGAAUAUGAGUCCCAAAGUCUCCUUCCUGUGUGUGUUGCUGCUGCAGCUGCUGAAUUCUGCCCUUGGAGACGUUUCCCAUCUGGAGUACUCGAUCACACCCAGCUCCCAGGUGGCAUAUUAUCACUACCCAGCACCGCGUCAGUCAGUGCAGCAGCCACAACGAGUGCCACAGCAACAGCAGAGAUAUCAGCAGCAGCCGCAACAGUACCAACAAGUGGCCCGACAAUUUGUUGCACCCCACCUGGAGCACGCGGCCUUCACGCAGGCCCUCACCAGUCAGGGCUAUGUCUUUGGAGCACCCUCAGCGCCACUGGCAGCGCGCCAGGCUGCCCCACAGCCCCACCAACAGCCAAAGCCUGCACCACUGGCAGCUGCCACAGGCCGCUCCAUUGGCGGGGGGGUCGCCUCCGUGGAUGCCAGCUCGCUGAACCUCAAGCUGCCGGUGCCCUUCGGUCUGGCACCCCUGAAUGUGGCCCAGCUGCCCCUCCAGGCGGGUGCCCCCUACGCCAGCGUGCCACACACCACGGGCCUCACCUCCUACGGAACGCCGCAGAUCCAAAGGCGCUAGCACACGGCCCACCCAUCAUUAGUAGAAUAAAUUACAAAUAUAAUAAUAAAGAUAAAGUUAAAGGACAGUCUGUCAUCCCGACUGAACUGCAAACUGCGAUGACGACUGCUCCUGCUCAU